AUGUCUUCAACAUUAGGCGCUGCUAUUGAACUACCAUGCGGGCUUACCCUUCCAAACCGCCUCGUAAAGGCGGCGAUGGCCGAGGCUAUGGCCGAUGAUUCUAACCCAGGCGAUAAGUUUAUCGCAGCAUACACCAGUUGGGGAUCCGGUGAAUGGGGCGCAAUUCUGACUGGUAACGUGGAAGUUUCUUCUAUCUACAGGGGAUCCAACAAUUCAGUCGCGGUGAUGCCAUCUAUAUCUCCCACUACGCGAGACGCCUGGACUCGAUGGGCACUAGCCUCACAACGUAAUGGAACGCCUGCCAUCGUCCAGAUAGUUCAUCCAGGUCGGCAGAGCCCUGCAAAAGCCGGAAAUCGUGGUUUCUUCGAUAAGUCGAUAGCUCCCUCCGCGAUACCUCUCAAGCUUGGCGACGGAAUUCUGGAUCGCGUAUUAUCACGCACCAUCUUCGGCACCCCAAGGGAGAUGACACUGAAAGAGAUUGCGGAGGUGGUUGACCAGUUCACGGUGACUGCAAAACUGGCGUAUGAGAGUGGUUUCAAGGGCAUCCAAAUACAUGGCGCACAUGGAUACCUAAUCUCGCAAUUUCUCUCCUCUAAGAUGAACGUCCGAACAGAUGCCUACGGGGGCACAGCUGCUAAGCGUGCGCAAAUCCUCAUCGAUAUCAUCCGAGCAAUCAGGAAAGAAGUUCCUCCUUCAUUCUGUGUGAGCAUCAAGCUCAAUUCCGCUGACGUCGCUGGCUCCGAGAACCUCGAAGAAAGUCUUGAGCAAAUCGGACUCAUUUCACGGGAGCAAGUCGACUUCCUUGAAAUCAGCGGUGGUUCUUAUGAAAACCCGCGGAUGGCACAAGGCGACAAUCUCCCAUCAAUAAGGUCCGUCCAACGAGAGGCUUUCUUCCUCGACUAUGCUCGAGCGGUGAGGGAAAGAUAUCCAAAUAUCAUCUUGAUGGUCACAGGCGGGUUCAGAAGUCGGAUAGGUAUGGUUGCUGCUCUAGAGAGCAAUUCUUGCGACUUAAUUGGGCUCGCGAGACCAGCAGCUGUUUUGCCGAGCUUUCCAAAGGAUAUGCUUUUGAAUGAGGGUGUGAAAGAUGAGGAUGCCGCAAUUGACCUGACCCCCGUUAAAGGGAAUUGGUUGAUAAGGAUGUUGCCAAUCAAGAUACUUGGAACUGGUGUGGAUACAAUGUAUUACGUCAAACAGAUACACAAGAUGGGUGUUGGUCAGAAACCUCAGCCACCUCCAAAAGUUUAG